AUGCUACGGGCCCUCCAGCAACGGCCGUGGACCUGUCGAGCAUGUCUCCAGCGCAUAAAAGCCGGCAGGGCCUCCUAUAUACCGAGUCGCAAUCUCUCCUCCGUCGCUGCACCUCAGUCUACGGGACAGGAUCACGCUGCGUCAGGCCUGUCGGCGGCCAAGCGACAUGAUGAUACCAACCUACGGCUUGUUUUCGACUCAAACUCCUUCUGGCGCGAAUUCUCCCAGCGUCGAUCCGGAAACUCGAAGCGUACGGGCUUGCUGCAGAACCAGUAUCUCACCAACCCGGAAGGCUUUCGGAAAUUCGCCCAUAUCUCACUCCAGAAAUGCCAGAAGAUAGUCGGGAAGGUUUUGGCGGCUUCGACGCUGGAAGACUACCGGGCCAUGUCCAGAGACCUCGACAGGUUGAGUGACCUCCUGUGCCGGGUAAUAGACAUGGCGGAGUUUAUGAAGACGAAUCACCCUGAUCCUGCGAUAAAAGAAGCUGCUACGGAAGCCUUUGCGUUUAUCUUCGAGUACAUGAAUAUCCUCAACACGACGCCCGGCCUAAACGAACAGCUAACUCGAGCUGUCGACAAUCCCGAAGUUACAUCACACUGGAGCGAGGAAGAAAAAGUUGCCGCCCGUGGUUUGCUGAGAGACUUUGCGAAAUCUGCCAUACAUCUACCUCCUGGGGAUAGACAGAGGUUUGUGGCGUUGUCAAACGAAAUCAGCCAGCUUGGUCCUACGUUCGUGAACAACAUGAACCCUGAAACAUCUCAGCUCAGCUUCGGCAAAAACGAGCUGCUAGGAAUGGACCCAUCACUCAUCCGGAAACUAAAACGAUGGUCCAAGGUGGUCAUUCCAAUGUUUGGAUCCGUUCCCAGGACUGCCUUGAGCACAGUUCAGGAUGCGGAGACCCGGAGGAAAAUACACCUUGCAUAUCGAACUUCCUCAAAGCAACAGAUAGGACGUCUGGAGGGGCUCCUCCAGAAGAGAGCAGAACUGGCCAAGCUAUCUGGGUACUCCAGUUAUGCCCAGAUGACUUUGAGUGAUAAAAUGGCCAAAACCCCAGAGGCCGUGGUUAAUUUCCUAUCGUCCCUUAACGCAAGCAAUCGUGGCCAAGUAGAUGACGAGCUCUCAAAACUGCUCGCGCUGAAGCAGAUUGAGAACCCAUCCGCAACGAACCUUCAGCCCUGGGACCACUUGUAUUACAUGGAGAAAUAUUAUACUAAACAUGGCCGGGCAAGAAGAUCGCGGGAUUCUGAUCUGCUUCCUUCGUUCUUCUCCCUUGGAACAGUCAUGCAGGGACUCUCGAGGCUUUUUACCCACCUGUAUGGCGUAAGGCUUGUUCCGAGUGAGACGCUGUCUGGCGAGACGUGGAACCCAGAUGUUCGCAAACUAGACGUGUGGGAUGAGGAAGAUAACCACAUCGCUGUUAUUUAUUGUGACCUCUUUUCACGGCCAGGAAAGAGUCCCAACCCAGCGCACUUCACCCUUAGAGGCUCUAGGGAGAUUUCCCGAGCUGAGAUAGCAGAGUGUGCAUCGUUGCCGGACUCCCCGCACCCCAAUGAUGGGAUGGCAGCCGCCGUAAGGCAAGGCACUAACCGGCUCUAUCAGCUGCCUACGAUAGCCCUUAUAUGCGACUUUGAUGAGCCGACCUCGUAUAGUCCUGGAUCGCCGCCCUCUCUUCUCUCCGAACAUAGCGUUCGAACACUCUUCCAUGAGAUGGGACAUGCUAUACAUUCCGUUCUUGGUCGUACGGAUCUCCAAUCAAUUUCCGGCACUCGUUGCGUUACCGACUUUGCAGAGUUACCGUCCGUAUUAAUGGAGAGCUUUGCAAUGGAUCCUCAGGUUCUUCGCCUGUACGCCCGGCAUUGGGCGACUGACGACCCGCUGCCGGAAGAUAUGAUACAAAACAUAGAUCUCAACCGUCAGAACCGUGAUAGCAUGCACGGCGGCAUGGAUAACGAAGCGCAAAUCAUUAUGGCACUAAUGGAUCAAGCUUACCAUACCACGGACCCUAGGUCGAACAUCGAUAGCACGGCAAUUUUCCACGACGUGUCUUCCAAGUACAGUAGUUUACCUGACCCUGCCGAUUCGAAGACCGCAUGGCAAGGCUAUUUUACCCACCUCUUUGGCUACGGAGCGACAUACUACAGCUACUUAUUCGAUCGCGCCAUAGCUAAUAAGGUGUGGUCUGAUGUAUUCCAGGGUGGUGAGCUUUCUGUUGACAGGAACGCCGGUGAAAGAUUCAAGAAUGAGGUACUGAGAUGGGGUGGUGGACGAGAUGGUUGGAGCUGCGUUGCUGGCGUGCUCGGUGACAACAACGCUGCAAAUGCCAAUGGAAGGCUGGCUGAAGGUGGUGAAGAGGCCAUGCGCGAGGUUGGGCGUUGGGGGCUCGGUAAGACGGGCAGCGCCGAACCAUGA